CAUUCUCGGCUUUGUGAUGAUGUCGCCACUUGUGGUCGUGGCAGCGGCGGUCUUCUGCGGGCUGCUGCGAAGGUUUCGACUGCUGCUUUUCAUCCAGCCAAUCACCCGUGCACGGAACGAGAAGAAGACGAGGAGGCGAGCUCCUAUGAGGACACAUCAUCUCCUGCCUCUCCACCAGCCGUUGGCUCAUUACUCUCCCUCCAGUCCAUGGCUUAAUACUUUAUCUCCAUGCAGGAUGCCGCCGCCCUUCUCCGUCCUUCCUAUUUUCAGACAUCUGAAAUCCAUUUUCCAUGUUCCAUUCCGAUCUCAUUACAGCCUGUCGCCUGUGUGUCUCUCAGAUGAAAAGAGGGAAUCAAGGCGGGCUUUUCAUUAGCGCCGCUUCCGACCUCUGCUGCAGCAUCAUUCAAGAAGGCAAAGCAUGGUUGGUCCUCCACAUCACAACCCUCUGAUGUUCUGUUGGACACCAAGCAGUCAAUGUUCACUGUGGCGCCUGGCGAGGGUCACAUCGUCAUCUGGAACAUUUUCAUUCAUCUCUCUGGUGGAGAAUUGAAGUUCUGCAAGCGGGCAUAGCUCAUAAGGAGAUGCCAUGGCUGACUUCAUGACUUUCACGCAUUGUUAAGACUGCAUGUCGACUGGCUACUGAGCCAGCAGAGCCGAGCCGACAUGCCAUGGCUGAGACGGACCUGCCAUGACUGAGAUCGAGUGGAAAAAAGGUUCUACUCUCAUUCUGUGUGGAAGUGGUAGGGCUGUGAUAGCACAGGUCCAGACAUGCAGCACACACAUACGGAAGGAAGGCUGCAUCCGUAUCCGCCUGUAUAAACACUGAUGGCGGGGGAUGACUAACGAGCCGCCACAGUACUUUGUAAGUAUGACAAAUACACAUUCUAAUGAAAUCUGCGCUUGUGUGUGCGUGUGUGUCAUGACCCGUGGCGAGCUUGUUACAAGUUGAAGCACCUUCAAAUGUUCUCCGAUAUCACACCAAUGAUGUGAUCUCCUGAUUGCCUGAAGGAGGGGAGGAGGAGGAGUUGGAGGAGGAUGAGGAAGCUUCUGACCAUGUUGUGGCGUCUUUGAAUGCUUCCCCGCGGGAGGAUGAAGAGGAUUUUUUUACACGGUUGUGUUGUUUUUCUGUGGGCGAUGUUUCUGCAGCGGGGCGGCUUGCAGGUUGUUGUGUUACCUGACACAGUGCUACACUGCUGUGAGGGGGACAUUCUCCUGCUGCUGGACUCUUCGGGCAGCGUGGCCAACUACGAGUUCUCACGUCUCCUGCGCUUCACCGCCAAGCUCCUCCGCCCCUUCUCGCUGGGUCGUGACCAUGUGAGAGUGGGGCUUCUGCAGGUGGGAACCCACCCAAACCUGGAGUUUGGCCUGGAUGUGCACAGCAAACAGGAAAGUCUGCAGAAAGCUCUGCUGGGGGUCAAACAGCUGCAGGGGGACACCAACACCGAGGCGGCACUGCGGGUGGCUCAGCGUGUCCUGACAGACACACGUUUGCCCAAGGUUCUCCUCUGGCUGACUGAUGGCGUGGAGCUGGGCGAGGUGGACGAGCCCAUCGCCCAGCUGAAGGAGCGGGGGGUUUUUGUGUUGAUUGUGUCGACGGUGCACGGCAACUUCCAUGUGUUGCAGCGUGCGGUUUCCCCUCCUGUGGAGUCCCACCUGUACUCGGUGGACAUAGACAACAUGGACAUCAUCACAGAAGACCUGCGGGAGGCCAUCAUCAAAAUCAUUCGAGCAGAGCGACUGCGUGCGGUUCGUGUCACAUCCCACAGCGCCGUGCUGCAGUGGCGCCCUGUUUUGAGCAGUCACAGCGGUUUCUAUGAGCUGUGGUAUCACGACAAAGAGAAUACGCAAACAGAGGCAAGACGCUUCCUUUCGGGCGAAUCAAGCCAGGUGGAGCUCACCGACCUGCAGCCUGAGACCACCUACUCCGCCUUCCUGCGGCCUGAGUCCAACCGGAGGCUUUUCAGCACCCUCACUGUGAUCUUCACCACGCUUCCUGAUGUUCUAAGCCCUGCUGUGGUCUCAGUGUCAGACUCCGGCCCCCAUCAGACCCGAGUGAGCUGGGGUCCCCUGCAGCCAGCUCGGGUCCAGAGGUACACAGUGGAAUACGGAGCCAUUCCUAGUGGAGCGGUGCAAAGAGUGACGCUACGGAGCCAUCAGAACUCGACUGUGCUUACCGGCCUGGAGCCAGGGACUCAGUACCUGGUCACAGUCAGUGCUUUGUACGAGGACGGGAAAGAAAGAGCCAUGUCCGUGAAAGCGUGCACUCAAGAAGCAGCAGCUCCUCCUGCCCUCGCCGACCUUCAGCUGACGUCAUUGGAGCACCAGGAGGUGCAGGUAGAGUGGAAGGCCCCCCAGCAGGGCGUGAGAGGCUACUGGCUUAACUGGGAGAGCGGGGACGGCGUCUCUUCCACGUACCUGCCGCCGUCCUCUCGUUCCACGCGACUGGCACACCUCGCGCCGAGCAGCCGAGUGUGUGUGUCUCCAGUGUACGGGUGGGGUCGAGGAGAGGGCGUAUGCUGCACGACAGACAACCAAAGAGGUUAGCAGUACCCGAUCGCUCCCUUUCUUUUAUUUUCGUGUGUUUGGUCGAUCAGUUUUAUCUGCAGCAAAAGCAUAAACGUAAAAAGAGAACACGUUUGUUUCACAUGUUUACACAUGUUUACACUUGCACAAUUCAACAUGCCCGAAAAGGAGUAGGAAGAAGCGGAUCGUAUUCCAUCCUACCCCUUCUCCAUGUCUCAGCUGUUACUGAUCAUUCAUUCAUGCUUUGUUUAUAACAACACUUACAAUCAUUUACCUGUUUACAUUUGUCAUUAAAAGUUUGUUUAGGUGUGUUAUUAUAAUAUUAUAUAUUAUAUUAUGUAUAAUAUAAUAUUACACGUAUGUAGCGAUGAAGGAAAAGGAAAGUGAUGACAAAAGUUAAUAAAAAUUUGA